AUGGAACCUUUCUCCCAACACUCUGCCGGGUUUGUUAAUCUAUUAGCUUCGCAGAGCAAUCAAGAAAUAGACGUUGACUCUGCUGAGGCUAAUGGUAACUCGCCCGGUUUAGUUAAGCCAUUGGACAGGAGAAAGUGGGGACCCAAAGAAGACCUUGUGCUCAUCAACGCUUGGUUGAACACGAGUAAGGAUCCUAUAGUCAGCAAUGAGCAGAAGGCAGGGGCGUUUUGGAAGAGAAUAGAUGAUUAUUUCAACUCAAGCCCUCAGCUCAUUGGCUCCGUUCCUAGAGAAUGGAGUCAAUGUAAGCAGAGGUGGAGAAGGGUUAAUGAGCAGGUGUGCAAGUUUGUGGGUUGCCAUGAAGCCGCUUUGAAGGAACAAGCGAGUGGUCAAAAUGAGAAUGAUGUCAUGAAAGCUGCACAUGACAUCUUCUUAAACGACUAUCAUGCCAAGUUCGUACUUGAACAUUGCUGGAGGGAGCUGCGGUUUGAUCAGAAAUGGAGAUCACACUCGUUGUCGAAAGAUGGUGCGAAGGAGAAGAGGAAGGAAGCAGGACCGGAGGUGGUGGCUGACGACGAAGAGGUUAGGCCUCCUGGUGUUAAGGCGAGCAAAGCAGCGAAGCGCAGGAAGCAUGGGAAUGAAGCAGCUUAUGAUCAAGUACAGAGCAUGUCUGAGAGUGCAGGUCACGGGUUGGAGUUAAGGUGUUGGAGGUCAGUAGUUGUUGCAGGUGAAGCCUUGUUGUUUGUUUGUCACGGGAUAGUGUAG